AGUGCACCCUGAACAUGCGGCUAAUCAGCGUUACCACUCACUUCACACAAUCAGCCUCCGGCUACCGUGUGCCCUUGAGCGCGCUCGGGAUAUAUCAGGGUGCGCGCUGUAGUGUAAAUCAUCAGGUAGUUGUGCCUUCUCUGGUCAGAGCCCAAUGGCAGGGGUGAUAGGACGGAGACGCGGAGCUGAAUUUAAUUGUGUCUUCAACUUGUUUUAACACUCCGGAUAAGCGUCAUCAUGACUGGAUCUGCUCACCAGUUAGGCCUGCUGCACUAAUUGUGGACAUGUGCAUAACUUAAUUUAAAAAAAUGCGCUGAUAAUGUAACUAUGGCUUCGCACACUUGUUGGAACGAAACCGCCUCGCAGCAGGAAAGCGAGGUGAAUCCCGCGUUCCUGGUGCUCAACUGCGUCAUCCUCUCGCUCACCUUCGUCCUGGGCUUGCCUGCCAACCUGUUGGUUUGCUGGGUGGUGUUCAGAAACCAAAACCUCCAGACCUCUAACAACGCGCUGCUGGUCAGCCUGGCGGCCAGCGACCUCCUGAAGUGCUCCGUGGACACGCCGCUUUUCCUCUUCUCCUUCCUCAGCUACGGGAGACACCUGGAGGUGUCCGUGUCCCUGUGCGCCGUGCAGCGCUUCUCAUACGCGCUGUGCAGCUGCGUGCAGCUCCUCACACUGGUCAGCAUCAGCGUGGAGCGGUACCAAGCCAUCGCCUUCCCCUUCCGGACGCAACGGAGGAAGACCAGGGUGUGCAUGUGGAUCCCGUCCAUCUGGGUCUGCGGCGUCCUCCUGGCCGUCGUCUCGCUGGCUCUCUCAAAACAGGAGCUGUAUCACAUGCUCUGCCGCCGGUACCCUUGGGGGGAUGUGCCCGUUGAGAUUCCCCGAUCUACGGAUCCGUUCGGGGCCUAUGUCCUGGUGCCUGUGUGGGGUUUCUCCUUGACCCUGAUCGUUAUUUACUACGCGCGAAUAUUCAAAGUAGUCCGGCAACACCGAAAGCGAGUCUACGACAACGGGAUCCAGCUGAGGCCAACAACGAAACAGGUGUGGAGGUGGUUCAGCUUCGCGGCUUCAGAACCGGGACCAGCUCCUCGUCGUACUCCUCCUCAGCGCCACCACCUCAAGCUGCUCCCGGCAAUGUGUCGGCCUGCGUCCAGCAGCACGCCGCCGACCAGCCGCCUGAUCACCGUGGCCGAGGCGAGGACGUCCCGGGUCAUCAAGGGGAAGCCCCCGCGGAGCCCCCUUCCGGAGAUCGCAGGAGCGGUGUGUAUUCUGACGCCCCUGGCGAGAGAGCGCGGGAAGAAACGGAUGGAGGGGAAGCUGGCGCAGCGCUUCGGGUACAUCAUCAUCGUUUUCACUCUGUUCUGGGUGCCCAUGGUUGUGACCCUUUUGAUGAACAUCACCUCGUGGCAGAACACCAACUCACUGGCAGUGGAGCUGGAGACAUCUGCCAUGGUGCUGACCAGCGUGCCGGCCGCUGUAGACCCGCUCAUCUACACCAUGGUGACCCGGCAGUUCCGCUCCGAGCUGAAUAAGAUCCUCUCCUCGCUGUCGGUCUUUCCGCGGAAGUUUAAGGGUUGAACGACCUGUUUUUAAUUCACAUUAUGUAUUGACUUACGUCUAGUUUAGUCUGCACCUCUUCUACUGAGACAGAGUGGCUGCUGUUGCCUGAGGGCAAUCAUAUGAUGACUAACACACACACACACACACACACACACACACACACACACACACACACACACACACACACACACACACACACACACACACACACACAGUUGUUGGGAUGACUGUAUAACAUUAAAUAGAGGCCACAGAAUAUGUAUUUAUGGCAGAUAUAUGUUUUAUCAGGCGUUUCACAGUUGGGACACAAGACAAGGUCAUAAAUAAUAUCCAACACCUGACAAAAUACGACAGCAGUUACCUCAACAACAACAACAGGGGGCAGGAGAGAAAAAGCGGGAAAAGUAUAAAAGAGGAGAAAAAAGAUAUGACACAGAGCAUCGAGAACGAGGGAGAGGGCGAUGGAAGGAGGGAAGGCGACAGUUGGAAGGGAGGGAAUAGACAACCAAACACGAUCACAGAGACCUCCUUUCUGCUUGAAAAGAAACCAGGGGGGGGGGGGGGGGGACAUAACCGGCUGCACAAAGGCUGAAAUAAAUCUGUAUUGCGGCGUGCAGAACGUAAAAAGAGGCCUUUAAGCCACUGCUGUUGAGACGAGAACCCGACAGACGCAGAGCCCUGCUCCCGUGACGACACGCGGCCUAGCCAGCAGAUGGGGAGGUGGAUACCCACGGUUCUGUUGCUAUAAUAAAGCUCAUGUGCUCUGUAAGCUGACCCACCUGCCUGUGCUUGUUUUCAUU